AUGUUUAAUGAAUACGGUGAAUUAGAUGAUAAGGCCAAAGCUGUAUUAUGGAAAGGUUACAUGAUGGUUGGUCAAUUCAGUAAUCGACUAAAAUUGCCACCAUCACAUUGCCAUAAUCAGUGGACGAAACUGAGAUUAUUAGGCAAUGGUACAUUUGGAAAAGUUCACUUAGUCGUAAAUUCAGUAAAUCUGAGACAGAAAUACGCGGUGAAGUAUGUCAAUAUAUCUAAUAUGAAUGGUGAAGGUAAAUCUCUGCUCGCAAAACUUCAGCGAGAGGCGCUAAUUAUGAAAUUAGUCCGACGUUCUGAGUUUGUAACUAAUUUUAUUGGAAUGCGUUAUCGAAGAGGUCACAUAGAAAUGUUUCUAGAAUACGCUAGAGGCGGAGAAUUAUUCCGCAUUAUUAAAUCCCAAGUUGGCUUACCUAUUCUUAAGGUUCAACAUUAUUUUCGGCAGCUUAUCGCAGGCAUUAAACAUAUUCAUGAAAUGGGUAUUGCACAUCGUGACAUUAAACCAGAAAACAUAUUGCUGACACAUUACGGUAGUUUUAUUUUUAAAAUAUUAAGCCGGAGAUUGUAUUUUUUAUUACUAUCGUUUAUCAGAUCUAAAGAGUUUUCAUCAAAUGCUAAUCAUUUCACUAGUCAUUUGAAUUCAAAUUAG